UUGGACAGUUUUGUCCGAUACUCUCUCGGUCUCUCCACCCCUUGUCUUCCUCUUCCCCUAAACCGUCAUGGCUCCCGCCGCUCCCUGCCCUCCGGCCGCCGGCACCACCGUCACCAAAGCCAGCAACAGCAAGCCACCGGCCGCCGGAUCACACGCCAACCUCCUCCCCGCUUCGCCCUCCUCCGCGUCCCGUCUUCACCUCGCCCGCCUGCGUCCGCCACCUCCCCUUACGUGCAACAACCACGCCCCCGUCCCCGCUACCACCUCCACCGUCUCCAGGAACCCCUUCACCGCCACCCUCAACCCAUCAGAUGAAUCCCUCGCCGCCAUGUCUCCGCGCGAGCAGACCGCCCUUCUUUCGCGGCAGCGCCACUGGCGCCGCGCCCACGACCUGUUCGACCGCGUGCGCGCGCUCCCAGGCUACGCGCCCAACCCUGUCCACUACAGCGUGCUCCUCCGCCACCUUGCCCGCGCGCGCCGGUGGUCCGAGCUCCGCCGCGUCUGGCUCAUGAUGUCCCGGGACGACGCCAUCCGGCCCUCCAAUCCGGCCUACGCCGCGCUGGCCGAUGCCCUCGCCAAGGCCGGUUCGGCGCAGGAAUCCCUCCUGCUUCUCCUGCACAUGCGCGCACUGGGUAUUGCCCCCGACGAGAUAUCCAUGAACACCUUCGCCCGUAUCCUCAAGAACAGUGGCCGCUACUCGGACGGGCUCAUCCUUUUCAAUAACUGGUGCGUUGGCAGGUUCGAUGUUGAAUUUCUUCAUCUUGAAUACAGAGCGGUUGAUUUGCACGGACCAAUGCAAUUCUUGAUAGACGGCGUGUUUCAUGAUAAACUUGAUUCUGCGGGUGCAUUGGGCAUUCAGGAAGUUCCUAGGAAGCCAAAGCUCGUGGAAACCUAUAACACAAUGAUCGAUCUUUAUGGAAAGGCCGGGAGGCACAAGGAUGCGAUGGACAUGUUUGCGGACAUGCUGGCCUAUCAGGUUAUGCCAGACACAUGUACGUUCAACACAAUGAUCUACACAUUUGGGUCACAUGGAAGCGUCAAGGAGGCAGAGGCGCUGCUAGCUAACAUGGUCGUCAGGGGGGUCACUCCAGAUAUUAGGACGUAUAAUGUGAUGAUGGCUCUGUUUGCGUCAAUGGGGGAUGUCGAGGGAGUUUUGAAGUAUUACCAUCAAAUUGGGAGGAUCGGGUUAUGUGCUGAUGAUGUGAGCUAUAGGAUUGCGUUGCAGGUGCUAUGUGAGAGGAAGAUGGUGUGUGAAGCAGAAGAUGUGAUCGAUGGAAUUAUCGAGUCUGGCUCUAGCAUUCAUGAACAGUCCAUGCCAGUUGUCAUGAAGAUGUAUAUUGAUCAAGGAUUGCUUGAUAAGGCAAAUGCUUUCUUUGAAAGGCAUUGCAGAGGCAAGGAGGUUUCAUCCAAGAAUUUUGCUGCCAUAAUGGAUGCUUUUGCAGAUAGGUGUCUUUGGGAAGAAGCCGAGCAUAUUUUCCACUGCGACAGAGGUACUGGGGGCAAAAGGGAGAUAGUGGAAUAUAAUGUGAUGGUCAAGGCUUAUGGUUUGGCAAGAAAAUAUGGUAGAGUCCUUUCUCUACUUGAGAACAUGAAGGGUUCUGGUAUCUUACCAGAUGAGUGUACUUACAAUUCCUUAAUUCAGAUGUUUUCUGUUGGUGGAUUUCCACGGAGAGCUAAGAAUCUUUUGCGUAAAAUGAAAGACACGGGAUUUAAACCUGCGUGUGAGACAUACUCUGCUGUUAUGAGGGCCUACUCCCGCAAUUCCUUGCCAUCUGAAGCUAUAGAUCUGUACAGUGAAAUGAAGGCCUCGGGUGUUGAACCAAAUGUGGUUGUUUAUGGUUUGCUGAUUAAUAUGUUUGCGGAGACGGGACAAGUGGAGAAGGCACUCCAUUAUAGCAACUUGAUGGAAGAAUCUGGAAUCACUCCAAACCAUAUUGUCUUAACUUCGGUUAUCAAGGCCUACAGCAAGAUCAAUUGCUGGAAGGAAGCGCAGGAUUUGUAUGCAUGGAUGAGGAACAUGGAUGGUGGCCCUGAUAUCAUUGCCUCGAAUACCAUGCUAAAUCUGUACGCAAAACUUGGGAUGGUCAUUGAGGCUAAGGCAAUCUUUGACAAUUUGAGGAGAAAUAAUCAGGGGGAUGAUGUUUCAUACAUUAUCAUGAUGUUCCUCUACAAGAACAUGGGCUUGCUUAACGAGUCCAUUAAGAUUGCUCAUGAAUUACAUAAUUCAGGCUUACUAUCUGACUGUGCUGCAUAUAAUGCUGUUAUGGCAUGUUAUGUGGCCAAGGGCAACUUGAGAGAAUGUGCAGAGCUGGUGCAAAAAAUGGUGGCAGAUAACAUCUUUCCAGAUGCGUCAACCUUUCAGAUGAUAUUUUCUGCAGUGAAUAAAAUUAAUAUUUCAUCAGAGGAAGUUUUGCAGUUAGAAUCAGCAUAUAGUGAUGGCAGGAGUUCUGCCAAGCAUGCUAUACUUGCAUUCUUGUUUUCCAUGGCAGGCAUGCAUGCUUCUGCAUUAAAUAUCUGCGAGCAACUUUCAAAGUCUGAGUUGACAAUGGAUCCAUGUGCAUACAAUGUUGCCUUCAAGGUGUAUGCUUCCUGUGGAGAGGUGGAUAAAGCUUUCAAUUUGUUCAUGCAGAUGCAUGCUUUAGGGCUAAAACCGGACACUAUUGCUUGCAUCAAUUUGUCAACUUGUUGUGGGAUAUCUGGAAUGUCAGAAGGCAUGAGAAGGGUAAGUGGUCUUCUCGCAUACAGAAACAGCGAGUUUAGUAAGUCUUUCCAUAAAGCACUGAUUUCCUAUAGAGAAACUGGAAGCAAUAAUCUUGCAAUAAUCUUGCUGCUCAGUUAGUCAACAAAUGAGAUGUUAAGAUAGUUCACCUGGUGUGACCUGGUAAGCUCGCAAGGUGCUGAUGACUUUGUUGUGGACUUCCCGGUCUAACUUUGUUGUGGUAAUGUUAUUGAUUACCGGAGAUGAUACAUAUUUGCUUCAAAAUAAAAAAGAAAGGGAUCAGAAAUAUUAAUGUGAUUGACGAUUGGAGUUGAGGGGCUGGGCAUGCCCAUGGUUGAUGGCUCCAUGCUAAGUGUGGACAACUGCCACAUGGAAACUGCAGUUCUGUUGAUGAUGGCAUUCUCAAGUCCAUCUGUGUGGUGACCGACGUCAUAGUCUCUUGUGAAGAGAGUGAUUGUGGCUGAAUCUAAAACUGUUAACGAGAAAGAAAAGGUGAGGAUUGGGUUGGAAGAUAUCAGGAGGAAGACC